AUGAAAUCGCAGUAUCUGUCAAUUACGGAUAACUCGAUUGACAUAUCUAACGAGAUGGCAUUGGGAAUUGGAGACCAGUUCUGUCUAAGAUGGAACAACUACCACUGCAAUAUGACGUCAGUGAUAAACCAGCUACUGGCUGAAGAAGCCUUUGUCGACGUCACUCUGGCCUGUGAUGGUGCCAGAAUCAAAGCUCACAGAGUUGUUCUGUCUGCUUGUUCCCCCUAUUUCCAACGGGUGCUGUUGGACAAUCCCUGCAAGCAUCCAGUAUUGAUUCUUCCUGUUGGUGUUGGACAUGCUGAUUUAAGGGCCAUUGUGGAAUUCAUCUAUAGGGGUGAAACAUACGUAACCAGAGAUCAGCUCUCUUCCAUAGUUCGAGUGGCAGAAUUGUUAAAAAUUAAAGGAUUGUGUGAAGUGUCACAGCAGCAAAAUGAAACUCAAUCAGUGGGCUCUGUCAUGUCACACACUCUGCCACUCCCACCUGUGGCAGAGCAUCAGUCGGGCCCAGGACCGGGUACAAUUGGCAGCAACUAUACUGGUGUUGUGAAUGAUUCUUCUUUGACAACUGUAGCAGCAUCUCUAGGAGUACCCAACAACACUGUCGUCUCGAUGGCAACUAUGACGCAACCCAUCAAUCAGAUAGUUUCACCGGGACAGAACAACAAUCAGCAGCGGCCUUCGUACUCCCCAUCCUAUCGAGGAAGGCCGAGAGGUAGAAGGCCUUCAGGCUCUUCUGGUUCCGGCCGAGGAGGAUGGACCGGUGGUGGUGGGGAAAAACGGAAUGCAGCAGCAGCUGGGCUGAACUCGAGCGGUGGCGUACGACGUCCAACUCGAGGUGCCUAUCGUGGUUCUUGGCCCAGUCGAUCGCCUUCUAAAACAUCACCAACUGGGUCCAAUCAGAGUACUGUACAGGGCAGCAGCAGCCAAGAUUCGGUCGAUUUAGUCCAAGACAACGAUUCGAUGAUGGUGCAAACGCCGCAGUCACUACAGGGUAAUCCAGGCGGAGGAGGAGGAGGCGACGGUGGUGGGGGUGGGGGUGGUGACGUAGGCGGCUAUCACGGCAAUCCCUCAGCAUCGAAUACCCCUGUACACUCGGCACCCUCAUCACUCGAUUCGCAACCACAGACGACCAACCUGUAUGACACGAGGGGUUAUAGCAGUCCAGUGGCACUUGACCAUUUGCCGAGUCCAUGGCAGCAUCACCUGAGUCAACAUGCAUCUCAUGCCCAUAACUUCAGUCCGACAAAUGCCAGUGGCAAUUCAUCAGGUCAACAGCAAGACCGCUCUUUUAAGACGGAACCUGGUGGGGGCCAUGGUGGAGGGAGUGAAUUUUCUCACGCGUCAGUCGUUCGGAAUGAAACUGUGGCUUCUGUAAACGACGCAGAUAGGAAUGGCCAUGACGAUGGAGGAGGCUUGACAGUGACGCCGGAAAUUUUAGGAUUGCUUCCAUCGCACAUUACUAUGCACGGACACCACCAACACUCACAUCAACAGCAACAGCAACAGCAACAUCAGGGGCAUCAUUCAGCUGGUAGUGGUCAGAACACUACCGACGGCCCUAUUGGCAAUAAUAAUGGCGAUGCGUCGAGUGUUGCUGGUGGUGGUAGUGACGGUGGAGCGUCGUUGAAUACAGUUAGCGACGCUCCAACGAAGAAAAUGUACACACCGGAAGCUAUGGAAGCGGCCCUGGAUGCAUUACGGAAUGGCAGUAUGAGCCUUACGCGUGCGGCAGCUGCCUUUGGAAUACCAUCAACAACACUAUGGCAACGAGCCCAUCGAUUGGGGAUUGACACUCCGAUGAAAAAGGAUCCCUCCAGUCGACACUGGUCAGAGGAUGAUCUCCGACUGGCGCUGGAUGCCCUAAGAGCCGGUAGAAUAUCGGCCAAUAGAGCUUCCAAGGAAUAUGGUAUUCCUAGUUCUACAUUGUACAAAAUUGCGAGAAAGGAGGGAAUCAAGUUAGCAGCUCCAUUCAAUGCCUCACCGACGACUUGGAGUCCAGAUGACCUGGGUCGAGCGCUUGAAGCCAUUCGAGGUGGCAUGUCCGUCCAGAGAGCAGCUACACAAUUUGGCAUUCCGUCCGGGACGCUUUACGGUCGGUGUAAACGAGAAGGCAUCGAACUGGUUCAUAAGCAAAGUUACAGCGGAGAUAGACCAUGGUCCGAUACAAACAUGACGGACGCCAUGGAAGCGGUGCGGCAGGGAGAGAUGUCCAUUAAUCAAGCAGCCAUCCAUUUUAAUGUACCAUACUCUUCAUUGUACAAUCGCAUCAAGAGGAUAAAGGCGGCUGAAGAGGCUGGUGAAAGUUAUGACGCAGCUCUAGCCGAAAGUGGACCGCCUCCUGACGAUGGCGAUGUAUAUGAUGACGAUUUGGACGAGGAUGAUCCUAUGAUGAUCGCGGCUGGUAGCGGCGGUGGGGCUAGUGGCGGAGUAACUCCAUCGCCAACGUCUCAGGGCCACGCUCCGCAACAUCAACAACAACAACAAGGAAUGGGUGGUGAGCCGUCUCCGUCGCCUUCGUCCUACAACACGGGUGGUCACGUCUCGACGCCGCAUUACCUGACGAGCCACGUACCUGGUCACGUGACCAUGACGCUGCCCGUCAUGUCAACGGGUCCCGUGCCGCUAACCAUGGACUACCAAGCCUACGCUCACAGCCAGUCUCACGCUAGCAACUCGUCGAGCCAACCGUCCGGUGCUGUCACCUAUCCACAGUAACUGAAAGUAUCAACAAAAAAAAUAUUAAUAAAAAAAAAAACAACAAAAAAAGCCAACGAGUUCCCCAAUAAAGGCAAAUCAGAGCGGCGGGGCGGGGUCCCAAUUAUUCACGUUUUUCCCACACACUAUUUUUUUAAAUACCAGGUGAAUGGUUCCAAAUUGUUGUGCAUGUCCCUCUACGUAUAUAUAUUAUUAUUCUCUUUUAAAAAACUACACUCGCCACAUCCAUCGACUUCCGAAAUUUCUUUUCGGGAGGGCUGUCGAUCGAGUUUAUAAAAUGGAAUUGAGUCGGUGUCUAUGAACUCACCUUCUCAAAUUUCGCCUCUUAUCGAUGGAUGAAAACUGAAAACAAGACAAAAAGUUUAUAUUUUCAUAUGAACAAAAAGAUUUUUGGUUGUUUUCCGGUUCUUGUUUUAUCGGGAUUUAUUGCCUUUAUUUUUUUCGUCUCUUCCACGAAUUAUUUCACCUCUGCGACCAUCCCCUCGAAAAAAGCAUUUCAUUAAUUUUUUAUUUUAUUUUUUCCCCUUAACAACUGGAUCUGAAAAACGGAGGAGAUUGGAGAACGUGAAUGGCAGGGUUUGAGUGUGUGUGUCUCUGUGUGCCGUUGAGUAUAUGCGUGCAUGUCUUGAUGAAUCUCUUCCAAGGAAAAAGCAAUCAUGGCUACUCCCGGACCCAGUUCUCACCGUAUCCUCCACCUUCUUAAUUUCAAUAUUCAAAACACAAAUUCCUUAUUCUCUAUGAACAAAAAGAGAGAAAAAAGGGAAAAAUUAUUAUACCAAGAAAAAAAAGAAAAAAAAAGUUCUGAAAGAGUAAUAAUAAUAAUAAAAAUGAGCGCGAUUGAUUAUAAUGAAAAUACACACAACUAUUUUUCUGUUGAAAGUGUAGAUGGCGUUGGCGGCUCUCCUGUUUCUAAUUCGAAGAUUCCGCUCACGGUAACGAUUUGUAUUUGACAAAAUAAAAUGAUUUAAAUAUUU